AUGCCACAUGGAGCCUUGCAGUGGUUAGAAAAAGGGGAGGUUGAUGGUCGCGAUCGCGAUUCCGUGAUCAAUCAUCCAAUAUUAACGCUCGUGCUCCUGCGUGUUACCAUCAACAUUACAUUGCGCGAUUUCACCACCUUCUCCCUGUGCUGCCCAGGCCCCAACUCUAAAGGACAACCAUUCCCAAGUCUACCCAUGAGUCUUCGACACCAGCGCUGCUCCAGGCUCGCGUCGCCUAGCCAUGGGCCGCCUAUGGCGCUUGAUCCCGUACUUCUUUCCAUGUGUGUCCGCAUUCGACUAUUCCAAUGUCACCGGAACUGCAACAUGGUCCCUCCAGAUCGACGGCGCGAUACUGUAUCAUUGAUCAAGAACUGUGUGCUCACGAUCGUCCGUGCGCCUACACGGCCUUCACCUCAAUAUACCACGCAAGCACAAGAAGAAGCUCUAUCACAAGAUCUUUCGAAUCAUCAAGUGGUACACAGUCGGGCUGAUCACGCCUGA